AUGACGCUGACAGCACCGCUUGCCGUCCUCGCCGUGCUCGCGGGGCUGCACUUUGCAACAACGCUGGCCCAAUCACCGUCCGCAUCCUGUUCGGGCUCGCAGCCAUUGGUCGGCGCUUCCAAUACGCCACGUAGUUACGACGGAUCCGUUGGUGUCUACAAUGCUCCAUGGAUGAGUCCUCCGCCUGCAUCCUACAAUUCGGGGGCUGGCAAAUGCAUCACCUGGCAGUACACGCCAGCCACUGCUGGAAACAUUUACUUUAGCACCUGCGGACUCACCUCGGAUGAUACCGUGCUGGUCGCUUCGACGGGUGCUUGCACAAAUGACUUUGGCGAGACAAUGAUUCUGAUGCUUGAUGACACGAGUGGCUGCCAAUUUCGAACAAUCUUGAGUUUUGAAGCAACGGCAGGAACCCGCUACUUUCUCCAUAUGUGUACCUAUGCCUCGUACUAUUUGGAUCCCAGUACAGCAGUCAAGCUCACGUCCGGGCAAUUCAUAUUUGACUUUCAGUGCCCCGCUGGCAUGACGGAUCACGAUUCGUUGGUCGAGACAGCAUGCAUUAGCUGCACAGGCGUGCAGGGCAUCUACGCCCCGGUCGAUUCGCGUGGGGCAUGCUCCACUUUGCUCUGCCCGGCCGGCACCUCGGAUGACGACAGCUCUUCGCUUACUCCUUGUGUUGCAUGCGGUCCCGGCACCGAUACGUCGUCACCUGGCAAAUAUGGUUUGUGCACCAACUUUAAUGUGCCUGCAGGCAAGUACGAUCAUGACUCCAACUCUGCCACCGCGGCGCUGACGUGCCCUGCUGGAAAUUAUGCGCCCGCAGCCGGCGUUUUGUGCACACCGUGUGCAGCUGGGUCAUGGGACCAUGAUGGGUCGUCCGCAACCGCAUGCGUUUCGUGCGCGUCCGAGUGCGUGGCUGGGUAUUACGAAUCACCGGGAUGCACUCCCACGACCAACCGCGCUUGCGCCACCUGCACUCCCGUUACCUCCUGCGCCGCGUCGAGCACGACGUGCACGUCACCCACAACCUCGCGCUGCUCGACUUGCCUUGCAAACUUUUACAAAGUGGCGGGUCCCUCGAGCGACACGUGUGAGGCCUGCGCUGCAGCCUGCACCACGGGAACGUUCGAGACUGCUGAUUGCACGGCGACAAGCAAUCGCGUGUGCACCGCAUGCACUGCCAUUUCCGAUUGUGAUGCGACAGUUUCCUGCACUUCGACAAGCAACGGCCGCUGCUCUGCCUGCGCUUCGGGGCAUUACCUCGUGCCCGGCUCUACCUCGGCUCAAGACGCGUGUGCCGUGUGCGAGACCUGCGGGGUUGGCACGUUUGAGUCGCAGGCGUGCACGCAUGCCACCAACCGAAACUGCACGCAGUGCACGCCGCUUGAAAACUGCGCUCAAGUAUCGUGCACCGACACCACUGACUCUGUGUGCGUGCAGUGCCAUGCGGGCUCAUUCUACAAUACGACCAGCCAGGCGUGCCACGCGUGCGUCGAGUGCGCUUCGAACGAGUUUGAAGCCAUCGCUUGCACCUUCCUCACCGACCGCUCAUGCAGUGCUUGCGCCAACGUGACAAACUGCGCGUCUGUGACUUGCACAUCUUUGGACGACUCGGUUUGCGAAUCCUGCACGUCCACCACGUACAUGUCACCCAACGCCACCGCGGGCGACGACGAGCAAUGCUUGCCCUGUGCGCCUGUCGCCGGUUGUGCGCACGCGAACGUGGUGUGCACGACUGCCACCGACUCUCGUUGCAACGUUGCGGCCAGCUCGGCGGAUCCGACUGUCAUUAUUGUUGUUGUCGUUCUAGCUGCAUUGUUGUUGAUUGUUGUACUGGCUGUGCUGCUUGUCAAGCGACGACAACGUCGCAACGCCCGCAAAUCUCCUGACGCCACUCGUCGUUCUGGGCAAACCAACCAUCCCGCGACCACGAUGGAAAUGCUGGCCAAUCCCCUUUCUGAUCAUGGUGUCCAGAGCGACAAUGAGGCGUACUCGCAGGUGAAGUACUCGACCGCAGCAGGCGACAGCAGCAACCUGUACGACACCCUUGCUCUUGGCGGUCGGCCGUCUGGCUCUUCACCACGAGCAACGCAGGAGGCGCUCUAUGACAACAUUCGUCCAGCUCCACCAGCAGAGCCAGUCUACAGCAAUACAACUCAAACCACGCAGGCUCACACGCUUGAAUACGAGGCACCGAAAUUCGACUCUCGUGUUGUUGACUCGACUGCCGCCACCUCGCCGACUUAUGAGAUGGCAACCUUCGGGGAGCCUCAGUAUGAAGCACCGGUCUCCGCCGUCGAGGCGUACGCCACUGGCUCUGCACCCUACGACACUCUUCACCGCAGAUCUGCAGUCGAGUCUCCCGCCUCCGAUGGGGUUGUUUACACUCGCGUUUACGCUGCUUCCGGAAGCAACUCCUAG